CGACAGUGUUUUCGCAGCCCAAGUAUCUCGCAGGGAAGGUCGAGUGAGUGUACCACGUAAACAGAUGUCUGUGGAGGAGGAGACUUGCUGAGGAGGUUCAUGUCAGUCGAGUGCCCAGUACCUCAGGGUACCACGUUGCCAGUGAUUGAGAUGUCAGGUGAAUCAGCUUUGGAAGAUGAUGAUUGGGAGAAACAUGGCGGGGUCAACAGUGGAGAGCAGAGGGAGGGAAACAAGUCGGGGCCUGGAGGAAGCCUGGACAAGCUCACAAGGGAAGAGUUGGUCACCAAGUGCCGGCAACUCCUGACAUUGGCACAGAAGGCCAAGGCUGCCAAAGAUGAAUGUAUGGCUGAGCUGAGGCGUGUGAAGCCGGUGGCCGAGCGGUGUGAGGCGGCGGAGGUACGAGCACAGCAGGCGGAGUCUCAGGCUGAGGCACUGCAGGAAAUGGUGGCCAACCUGACAGAGGGCAAGGUGGCUCUUACCACUAAGAUUGAGAGUUUGCAGCGACAGUUCAAACUGGCCUCCAGUGAAGUUGACUCCUUGCAAGCAGUAGAGAGUGAAUUGUUGAAAGAGAGAAGUCAGCUGCAAACCAGAAAAACUGAACUUGGAGAGGAGCUAAAGAAGAAUAUUGUCAAAAUGAAAGAACUUGAAACCUCUGUUAGAAAAGCAGAUUUGUUGGAAAGAACAUGGAAACAAGAAAAGCAGAAUCUGGAGGAGAAAUUAGAAAACUUUCAGGCACAGAUUGGACAAAUUGAUGUUCUGAAGGCUAAGUGUAAAAAACUUUUGGGUGAAAAGAAUUCACUUGAGGAGGAAGUUCAGAAGCAGCAGAAUCAGGUGGCCAAGUACUCAAAGUUGCAGGGUGAAGUGACUGCUCUAAGGGAAGAGAAGAAAGCAACAGACAUUGUGCUGCAAAGUACCAAGAAGGAAAAACAAGACCUAGAAGAAAAACUGAAAAGCCUCGAGUGUGAAGUGUCACAUAUAAAGAAAGUGAAGGAAGGAGAAGAUGAAAGUGAACAUGCAAGUGAUAAGAAGAUUAAGGAUUUGGAGGAAAAGAUAAUGUUGCAGAAAAAAUCUCUUGAGGAAAGUGAAAAUUGUAUUUCAGAACUACAAGAAAAUUUGCAGAGACUAGGGGAAGAAAAAAUCCAACUAGAGAACAAUAUGAACCAGAGAGAACAGGAGGAAGAAAAGGAAACUGAAAGUCUGAGGCAAGAGCUAAGCACUGAGAAAAAGAACAACCAAAAACUGAUACAGCAAAUAAAGGGACUAGAAGCACAGGAAGAUACAAGAGCAAGUUCUGCCUUAGAAAUGGAAAAUCUACAGCAAAGUCUCAAGAAAAUGAAGGAUCAGUUGAACGAGAAAGAUUCAGAAUUGGUUAUGUUGAGAGAAGAAAAGUUAAGUUUAGAACAUCUUAGAGAGGAAGUUAAAGAUAUCAGAGCAAGAGAGGAAUUGCUACAACAGAAGAAAAGAGAAGUAGAAAAUGAGCUUGAGUUGUCAGCUAAAAGCUUAGAUGAAGUCAAGGAAGAAUUAAACAUUACAAAAAAUGAGAAGACUAAUCUAAAUGAAAAAUUAAAAGAAAAUGAGACUGAGAAAAUGAGCCUGACUGAAGACAUGAUGAUGAUCAGAAAUGAGUGUAGUGAUCUUCAGCAGUGUAGAACACUAUCUGAAGAAUUAACUGCAAAAGUCAGUCAACUCAGUACUAAUUUACAGCAAUCUAGUGAAGAAAAUUCAAAAUUACAUGAAGUCAAUGAACACUUUCAACAAACAAUAUCUCAGUUACAGAAAAACAUAGAAACUUUAGAGGUGGAAAAGAUCCAAUUAAAAAGUGUUCUUUCUGAGGCUGUGUGUGAAUCUGAAAAGAACAUAGAUGGUGCCAAGGAGGAACAGCAUAAGGCUGACCAAUUGGCUGCACACAUAAAGGAAAUGGAGAUAGAAAAUGAAGAAUUAAAAAUCAAAGUUGAAAAACUUAUUACUGAGACUGAUAACUUGAAACAAACAUUGAAGAAGCUCCAAGACUGUGGAGGAUUGCUAGUCAGGGAAUGUUGUGAGACCUAUCCCUUGUUGAGCCAGAAUAUUUUGCUUCUUGAUCAGGAGGGAAUUGAUGUUACAGAUCAGAUGGAAGGUGUAAAAAAGCUUAUAGAAUCUGUUAAGAAAGCAAAAGAAGCUUCACAAUAUGCCGAUAAUGUCAAAAACUUGAAACAAGCUUUGAAUCGGCUCUAUCAUCUCUGCACUAGUUUGCUAAGUGUAAGAGAUUCAGCCACCUGUGAAGCCACAUCUUCAAGCUUGAAGGAAUUAAUGGACUGUCUUCUGGGCCAGCACAAAAUCAUGACAUUGGUCUGGGAUGUAGAAAAUAAUCAGCUUGAAGAAGACUGCACUCAGGCAGCCUCAGCAUUCAGUAAACUCUGUGUGCAGUUAGGGAUGGACACUGAAAAAUUGGAACAAGUGAGUGCAGCAUUGGAGAAAUCAAAGGAAGAGCUGCAGCACAAGGAGGCCAUAGCACAAAACGAAUACCAAGCUCUAAGUACAAAAUAUGAAGAAAUGAUACAAGAGAAUCUGAAGCAGGUGGAGCAUCUACAUGAAACUAUUGCAGAGUAUGAGAAGGGUAAAUGUGAAUUUGUUGCCUCAUUGCAAGAGGCACAAGCAAAAUCUGAUGAAUACAAGGAAAAAAUAUCCAGUUUGGAGGCUGAGUUGCAGGUUUUGAAGAUUAAGGAAGUUGAGCUGUUAAGCCAGAUAGAUGAAAAUAAAGAAAAGGGAAAAGCUGUCAGUGAUAUAAGUUUAAAGCUAAGCUCUCUUGAGGUGGAGAAAGAAACUCUGAAGUGUAAGUGGGAUGAGUGUGUUGCAGAAAAUGUUAACCUGAAACACUCACUCACUAAACAGGAGGAGGAUUUGCAAUGUUUAUGUCAAGAAAAGCAAAAUCUUGAGUCUACCAUUAGCAAUCAAGGAAAGGAAAUAGAGGAUUUGAAAGCAACUCUGAAAAAUUUGAAUGAACAGACCAUUAAAAGUCAGGAAAAUCUAAGCUCAGAGAAAACAGACUUGGAAAAGCAAGUUUAUAGAAUCUCAGAGGAAAGACUUGCACUAGAAAAAGAUUUUGAUGCUUUAACCACAAAUAAGAAAUUAUCAGAAGAAAACCUAAUGAAAGAGAAGAAGAUAUUGGAAGAAAGGAUAGAAAUGCUAAAUCAAGAACAAGAGAGUACAAUAAAGGCAUCAGAAACCUUGAGAGAUGAAAAUAAUACUCUGCAAGGAAAGGUAGAAGAACUUGGAACUCAAGUGGAAAACUUGCAAAAAGAAGUUAGCCAUUUACAGGAAGAAAUGCAGAAAACUGAGGAGAAAAUUGAGGUUGUGAGCUCUGAAAAGGAUUCUUGUGAGAAGGCACUGAAGGAAGCAGAGAAUCAGAAGCAGCAGCUGGACACCUCCUUGAAGGCCUCAGUCCAUCGGUGUGAGGAGCUCCUGGAGGAACUGAACCAGAUGAACAAGGCUCUGAGGGAACGAGGGGAAAAGAUAUCCCGGCUAGAGGCUGCUUACCAGGAGAAAAAUGGAGAGCUGGAGACUACUGCUGCUCUCUUGAAGGAGCUACAAAGCAAGAUGAUGAGUAGUGAGGCUGAGCUUGCAAGUAAACAGGAGCAACUUGAAACUAUCACUGAGCAAUUGCAGUCAAUUGGCCCAAGCACUGCUUCCCCACAGCCUCCAGACACCAGUGCUCACCAGGUCACCAAGCUGGAGGAAAAAAUCAGAGAGCUAGAACUGGAGAGAAAUAACUUGAAGAAGGCAGUACGGCUCCUGGAGAGUGAGGGCUCAGCAGGACGAGGAGAAGGAGGAGGAGGACAGGAUGCACAGAGUGAGGUCCUGAGCACCAGCACCAUUAGCCGGGCAGACGACUCCCAGCGCAUGAAGGAGCUUGAGGACACCUUUGAGGAACGAUACAUGAGGCUGAAGAGUGUAGCCAUCAAACUCAAGAAGCGUGUCGCUGAGUUGACGUCACAGCUUAAUGCCUCUGAGGAAGCUCGCAACAAGGCAGCUGCUGAGAGGCAGGAGGCUGGUACUAAGGAAAGCAUGAAAGCUGCCUCCAAAACCAUACAGGCAUUGCAAUGCGAGAUUGACAGACUGCAAGAUGAAAUCGACAGUAAGAAGAAAGAGAUGAAGGAACAAGGUAAACAACUUUGUGCUGCAGCUGAACAGUUGUCAAAUGUCCGGUCUGAACUGGCAGCACGACAGGAGGAGAAUGUUGUCCUGACAAGAACUGUCAAGAACCUUGAAGAAACCAUCUCAAGCCAGGAGGAUGCGGCCACCAGCCUACAGGGACAGGUCGCUGCACUAGAGAAACGACUGGUGGCAGAGGUAGAAAAGCAGCAAGUACUGGAAGAACGGCGGAAGAAAAUGGAGGAAAGAAUGGAAGAGGAAAAGCAAAGAGCAUCCAACUUUGUGAAGCAACUGGAGGAGGCCAAGCAGGAUGUCAAAACAAAAGCUCUGUUGGAUUUAGAGAUGCGAGACUAUGAGCUGACAGUGGAGGAGCUGAAUAGUCAGUUGGCAGAGAAAAAUUCACACAUCACAAGCUUGGAAUCUGAAGUAGAGCGAGAAAAGGAACGGUGCAGCAGCCUUCAGGAGCAGCUGGCUCACCUCACCACACAGGAGGCCACAGAGAGAGAGAGAGCAGAGAAGAUGAAGAAACUGUUAAUGGAGCAAAAAACGGAGUUACUUGAGCUGCGUCAAGUUCAGGAGAAGGAAAGCUCAGCCCGGCAGCUGGAUCGCUCAUCCAUGGAACGGCUGACUCAGGAGGUAGAGAAACAAAAACUUAUGGUUGCAGAAAUUAGUAACGAAAAAACUAAAUACGAAGACUUAUUGAGGCACACAAAGUCAACUAUGGAAAGACAGAUAGAAGUACUGGAAGAACAAGUGUCCCACCACAGGGAGGAGGCUCAACAGCUCAUGGCUGAGAGAGAUUCCUUACACAAUGAAUUUGAAAGUUACAAAGUGAGAGCUGCAAGUGUGCUGAGACAAAAGAAGCGUCCAUCAGAAGUCAGUGUGGAGGACCUGCAGUCAGAGAAAGACCAGCUUCAGUCUGAGUGUGCUGCUGCUCAGCUCAAACUGCAGCAGUUACAAUCUGACUUUUCUGCUAUGAAGGCUGAGAACAGCUUCCUACAGUCUGAAAAAGAGGGAAUAUCCAGACAGGUUGUUUCACUGUCAGAGGACUUGACCAGGAAAGAGAAAUUUUACCAGCAGAAAAUGUCAAAUCUUGAAAGUAAGAUGGAAGCUGAGAUUAAGGAAUACCAGUCAGUCAUAUCCAACUUGUCUGCCCAGAAUGAAACACAGAAUAUGAAUUUUAAGAAACAGUUUGAAAGUCUAAGGCAGACUCACAGCCGUGAGGUAGAGGAGCUCAGUGCCAAGCUGGAGGAGGUUGAGGAGAAACUAUGGAACCAGAAGAACUCUGUUAGUGGAUCAGCACCAGUGGUUGGUGCCAGUCUGACCCCUGGUGUCCCACCUGCCCUUCCACAGUCUCUACGGCCUGAGGUGGAGCAUGUGGCUAGUGCAACACCCAGUGGUCUGACUCACCGCCGCCAACCCAGCCAUGGAUAUGAGGAGUCCAGGAUUGAUGUCUCCAACAUGGUCAGAGAGGAAGGGGAGGGGUCUGAGUGGGUGGAGCCAGUGCAGAGAUCUCCGGGCAAAGGUGGGAAUUAUAGCCCUCCACCUUUAGAGCAGCUGAUUAGUUCUCCAUUGCCUCCUGCCCCACCACUCCCUCAAGAUGACCAACUCAGCAUUGCUAGUGCUACAGAUGCAGCCAAUAGAGAGCUGACCAGGCUAGAAGCUAAGAUAAAUGCUGCAGAGAUGAGGAUCACACAGCUGACCUCUUUGUUGCAUGAGUCUGAGGCAGAAAAUGCUAAGCUUUCCCAGCUGUCUGAUGCCCUCAAAGAAGAAAUCAGAAGGUCUGCCAGAAAUGAGGAUAGAGAAAAACACAUGGAAAACAUGGAAUAUAUGAAGAAUGUUAUUCUCAAGUUUUUGAUGUUGGGUAAUGGAGAGGAGAGAAAACACCUGAUCCCUGUGUUAAAGACAGUUCUGCAGCUCUCCCCUCAGGAGGCCUCACAGCUGGAACACAUCGCUGCAGGUGAGGAAGGUGAUGGUGCAGGGAAAGGAGGAUGGGGAAAUUAUCUUCACCUGUGGUCAAGCCGAUAGCUCCUGCUGUCAACCUUCCUGGUCAGUGUGGCGGUGAAAGGAGCAGAGAUUGAUGAAGUGUGAUAUUUAGUGAAGAUGCAAUGACAGGGCAGCAUCUGUAUUCCCAGUAGUUGGAGUUGUGGUGGCACUGUAAGUUGAAGAUGCUCAUACAUAGUUACAUCAGCCAACCUUCCUUCAUACCUACUCUGUCCAAGGUGUGAGGUGAUGGUACAUAACAGUUGAUACACAGGUAGCACUGUUACGCUCAGGUUCACAAGUGUUCGUAUCUUCAAUUCUGUGAGAACUUGUAGUGUACUUGUAGCUUCCCUGUUGAUGAAGUGUGUUGAAUCCUGCUUAAUGUCAGAAGUAGAAACAAACAUUCCUGUUGCCUGCAAGCAUGUGGGUAAUUACUAAUUUCUUGUGAUGACCUUGAGUUUCUGAGUAUUGUAAUAGAUGAGAGAAGACUGCAAGGUUGAAGCAGAAGUAAUAAUUAGGAGUCAUUCUUAGAUUGUCAUCUCAGAUUAUACUCAGCAUCUUUUCAUGCAGAAACACAUUGGUCUUUAUGGGUUUUAAUUAGAUAUUUUAUGCUCAGCAAGCAGCAAGUUAAAUUUUUCUUACAAUAGAGGACACACUGCCAACUUCUCCACUCUCCAGGCAGUGAUGGGAUCCUUAGGUGUGGUUUCUUGGGUGUGGUGCUGGUUUUGCUUCUUGAGACACUGUGUGGUUCUUGUAGCCAAAGGUUAAAAAAUGGCUGCUAAAUAGGAAGUAUUUGCUGCCUUGUAGAUUUUGAAUUGGCAAGUUUGGGUUGGGAUAUUUACAUAAUACUGUACUAUAUCCUAGCUGCCAUCCUUCACUUGGUUAAUUAUUUAUCUGAAUGCCAUUACUUUGAAAAGGAAGGGGAAUCCUAUCUUUGCAUCCUCUUCUAUAAAACUAGUUGAUAUUCUUAAGAUUGUCCAUUUUACAGUUGCAUUUUUUUUAAAAUUACCAGUGUUCAAGUGACACUGAAAUGCAAUCCAUCCCUAUAUAGAAUGUAAAACUUUGAGGCCAAAGAGUUGUGUGUGGAGAGAGAGAGAGAGAGAGAGAGAGAGAGAGUGUGUGUGUAGAUAUCAACUGUACAAAAUAUGUGGGGAAAAAAUAUGUACAUUAUCAUAUUGUAGUAUUUGCAGCAAUUUUAUAUAAUAUACUAUUUAUUAAUCAACGUAUAUUUGCGUGGAUUUUUGGUCAGAUUUGUGGAUUGCCUCAUGCAAAGUGCCGCUGAAUAGAAACCAAUACCUUAGGCCUGUCAGUACACACACACACACACACACGAUAUCCUUCUCUGUCAGUCGGCAAACAAGGUCGCUAAGGUUGUUACUGAUGAGUGAGCGGUUACUGUCUGAAGGCAAAAUCUCGACUUUACUAUAGGAUAGGGGGAAUGUUACGUAGCUGGGGUCUGAGCUCUCACCGCGAGGGUUAAAGGUUAAAGCCAGUGAUCACGAAUCGAGCACGUGACGAGAGUAGUACACACACACACACACACACACACACACACAAAAAAGAACUAUUGGUGAGACAGUGAUAUGUAUAUGAUAUAUCUGUAUGACAUGCUUUAGUUUUGGUUACGUAAUGUGUAAGAAAAUCAGGUUGUAUUAUGUACAUGCGCUUGUUAUCUGGAAAAUUUCUUUGCACAAUAAAGUUUACUAUACAAAA